CCUCUUUCCCGCCACUUACUGCGUUCCUUCUUUGUUUCCAGUUCACUCAGAUUACUGAGAGUAACCAUUUUUUUUGAAAGAUGUUGUGGGUUGACAAAUACCGACCCAAAACCCUUGACCGAGUUAUGGUUCAUGAGGAGAUUGCCACGAAUCUCAAGAAACUGGUUGCAGAGCAGGAUUGCCCUCAUUUACUCUUCUAUGGACCAUCUGGGUCUGGCAAGAAAACCCUAAUUAUGGCUCUUCUAAGACAGAUCUUCGGUCCUUCUGCCGAAAAGGUGAAAGUGGAGAAUAGGAAUUGGAAAAUUGAUGCUGGAAGUAGAACCAUUGAGCUGGAGCUGACCACUUUGUCAAGUGCCAACCAUGUGGAGUUGAGUCCGAGUGAUGCAGGCUUUCAGGACAGAUAUAUAGUUCAAGAGAUAAUUAAGGAAAUGGCUAAAAAUAGACCAAUUGACACCAAAGGAAAAAGAGGAUAUAAAGUGCUGAUUCUCAAUGAAGUUGACAAGAUUUCAAGAGAAGCCCAGCAUUCACUUCGAAGAACAAUGGAGAAGUACAGUUCUUCUUGCCGUCUAAUUUUGUGCUGUAAUAGUUCUUCAAAAGUCACUGAGGCAAUUCGGUCUCGUUGUCUGAAUAUUCGAGUAAAUGCUCCUUCCGAUGAACAGAUCAUUAAGGUGUUAGAUUUCAUUGGAAAGAAAGAAGGAUUGCAACUUCCAUCUGGUUUUGCAGCCCGCAUUGCCGAAAAGUCAAACAGGAGUUUAAGGAGAGCUAUAUUGUCAUUUGAGACUUGCCGUGUUCAACAGUACCCUUUCACAAGCACCCAAGCAAUUCCACCAAUGGAUUGGGAGGAAUAUAUAUCUGAAAUAGCAAUUGAUAUAAUGAAGGAGCAAAGCCCUAAAAGGUUGUUUCAGGUUCGAGGAAAGGUGUAUGAAUUGCUUAUUAAUUGUAUUCCUCCUGAAAUGAUCCUGAAGAGGCUCCUUCAUGAGUUGUUGAAGAAAUUGGAUGCAGAGCUAAAACACGAGGUGUGCCAUUGGGCUGCAUAUUAUGAGCAUAGGAUGCGUCUCGGACAGAAAGCCAUCUUUCAUAUUGAAGCAUUUGUUGCCAAGUUCAUGAGCAUUUACAAGGCCUUCCUGAUUGCAACAUUUGGCUGAAGAACGAACAAGCAAUCAUCUUUUUUUAUCUUUAAUCGAUGGCAAGAAUGCUUUGUUUUCCGGAUUCUGAUUAUAUGUGUAGUCGGCUUGUCAUUUUGUUUUUGAACUAUGCAUGGUCUGUUAGGGAUU